AUGAAAAGAGUUGUAGCCAUUUGCUUUACUAAUACCCACGUUGGAGCGUCAUACUACCAAACUAACAAUGUGAAGACUGAAUUGAUGAGACCGAUUCCUUUUGCGAUCUCAUUUACUGAUAAUAAAAUCAAUGUGUUUGGCGAUGCGAUGAAGCAGAAACAGUGUUUGUCUGGGCUAUGUGAUACAGAGAAAUUGGGGAUUAAAAUUAAUAGAGAUGAAACGACCCGUAAAUUUGUCACAAACGUCUUUGAGUUGUGGGUAGUCAUGGUCUGCGAGUUGAAUAACAAACUUACUCAAAUAUUAAGUAAUGAAGGGUUAGAAGCGAUAUCAUAUUUAGUCACAAUACCAGAAGGCUGUGACCAACUUCUGAAAGACGUAGUAUCACUUGCGUUCAAAAAGAAUGGAAUGGAUGUGUGCAGGAUAGUGACAAACGACAUAGCAUGCGCCUUCAAUUACGCUAAGAUAGAAAUCCCACGCAUGUUCGAACACAAUUCCUUUGAGAAACACUGGGAGGUUGUUGUUAUUAAUUUGGAUGAUAGAUACACCGCCGUCUCACUCUUUGAUAUUUCUAUUACAAAAGUCACAAAAAUUUAUAUGGACAGACUCCAAUUGGGACAACAACAUUUUGCACGACGGCUGUGUGAAAUGGCGUUGAAGAGUCCAUUAGAAAGUGACGAUGUUGAUGACUGGAAUUUUAAAAUGCGGAAAAGAGUUGAUGAAUUCUACGACGCUAUCAAUAUGUUUAGUGAUGUCAAUGUCAGCAAAUCGUUUGUUAAAGACGAAGAAGACAAUUACAUCAAUUUCAGUCGAGAAGAAGUCGAGAAUCUUUUUAUUAAUGAGGACAAUUCAAUAGCCAAUUUAGUCGACAGUGUCAUUCAAACUGGGAGAGCUAUUAAGAAAGAAGUUGGGAUACCAAUAGAAGAGGACAAAGACAUUGUUCUGUGUGUUGUUGGGAUGCACAAAAACAGUUUUGUCGAGAAGACAAUAAUAGAGAACUUGUCGAGUAAAUAUAGAGUCGCAAAUAACAUGUCUAUUAAUGCCAAGACUGUAUGUUUAGAAGGUGCUGGCUAUCUAGCGAAGAAGAUGGAGUUAAAGAAUAAGAGUGAUCAUCAAUUAAUGGAGGAGUAUGACUCUAACAAAUUUGUCGAAGUCGAUUGUGUGAUUCCACCGCAGCAAUUUACUAUGAAUAACUAUGGAGCCUUCCCCGAGAAGUACGUCUUAGCAAGUGAGUGUAUUAAGUUACCAAAUGGAGAAAAACCCUUUGAAGGGCAAUUGGUGAUAUUUGAAAACAAUAAAAUUUAUGGUGAAGACUAUCAACUUCAGAAUUAUCACACUGGUGUUGGACUUGUUGAAUUAAAACCAGAAGAAAAGUAUGAGGAGUUGUAUAUCAAAUUGAGUAAGUACUUGUGUUGCUUCGGACCAGUCACGUCAUGGCAUGACGGGAACAACAAAGUGCCUUAUUUGGAGAGAGCGGAAAACUAUGGACCGAGUGACAAACAGUUGGUCUUUGAUCAGACUAAGGCAGAAGAUAUUGAGUGCGACGCUUUUUAUGAGAUGAAAACAGAGAAGUGUACUAUUGAAAAGAUUUCAUAUAAUUUUGAUGAACAAUAUAUGACGAGUGUUAAACCCGAACAAAUGUUGUCUGAUAACUUUGAAAGUGUUCUUGAUAGCAUGAAAAAGGGAUGGGGGAAUAGAAGUGUCACGUCAAGUCAAAGUGAUGUUGUAACAAUACAGCACCAAUUUGAGUUACAUGAAAUGCAAUACAACAUGGACUACGCACAACUCGACAUAUUACUCAUGAACGUCAAGCAACAGAAAUUGAAAGUCAGCCAAGUCUUGUCAAUAAAGUCCCAAAUACAAAACAAGGAGAUGCCAGAACUCGCACAAAAGCUUGAAAAGGCGGGUCUCAAAACGGAAAAGCUGGAAGUUAGAAGGGCGAUGUUGGCAAUGUUCAAAAACAAUUUCGACAACCCCGAAAAACUCCAAGAAGACUGGAACUUGUUGAAAAACGCAAAGGAGAGCUUGUUACCAAAAGAAUAA